AUUUUACAAGUUAAUAAGUCAAUAAUUAAAUUAAUCGCAAUUUGAUCGAAAUGAUCAUAAAAAUCGAGUUGUGUCGAUUUGUCACUUGAGCAUGUAUUAUGUUAUGUUAACAAUUGAUCUGUUAUUUCAUUAUAAAGCUUCCUCUACUUCUGAUUUUGUUCCAGGUUCCAGGUAUUCUCUUGAACGCGAUAUCAAUAUAUAUAUGGAAUAAAUAAAAUUUUAUUAUCCUUUAAUCAGAUAUUGUUGAUAUUGUUCAUAAUAUGUCUACAGAUUACAGCAACAGAUAUGUAUUUAAAGCUGAAUGGUACGACAAAGUUGCUUGCAUAAUGAAAAAAUUUUAUCUGUAUUAUUAUCCAUCUAACAAUACUAUCGAAUUGUUUGAUUUAAAAACAAAGAAGACCUUUCUAAAAAGGACCAUAUGUGAAGGCAUUAAAGCUAAAGAUUUUUAUAUUGGUGCUAUAGUAAUAAUAUUUUCCAGAUGCAUAAAAAUUAUGGAUUAUGCAGAUAAUUAUACUAAAAUCAAGUUAGAAACACAACUGCAAAAAUUUUUUGUACUUUUGAAACCAGAUGUUAUUGAUAAAAUGGGUGAAAUAUUUAAAAUUAUUACAAAUCACGAUUUUCAUAUUACAAAUAUGAAAAUGAUGCAAUUAACUCCCACUGAAAUUGCAGAAUGUUAUUUUAUAAAAGAUGCAACUGAUAAGGUGUCUAUGAUAAAUUAUCUUACCUCUGGCCCUGUUGUUGGUUUGGAACUAUUAGGAGAAAAUGGUAUAUCAAGAUGGCAAGAAUUAGUAGAUCCAGAAAAUUGUAAACACGUUUAUCCCACAGCUACAUCUUCAUUAAGAGCUUGUUGUGGAAAAGAUGAAAUAUAUAAUUCUAUAUAUGGAUCUAAGAAUAUCGAAAUAGCAAUGCAAGAGUUGCAACAUUUCUUUCCCAAUUUAAGAAAUAAAAAAGGGCUAAAAACUACUGCAAUUCUGCAAAAUUGCACCUGUUGCAUUAUCAAACCACAUGCUGUACAAGCAAGGCUUGUUGGUGCCAUUAUUGAUGAUAUUCAAAAGGCAGACUAUAUAAUUACAGCUAUACAACAAUUUCAUAUUAAUGUAAUUAAUUCCGAGGAAUUUUUGGAAAUUUAUAAAGGCGUGCUUCCUGAGUAUACUGCAAUGGUAGCCGAGUUACAAUCUGGUCCAUGCGUUGUUAUAGAAAUAAGUCGUAAAAACGAGGACUCCAAUAUUGUUGCUGAUUUUAGGAAUUUUUGCGGUCCAAUGGAUCCAGAUAUUGCACGGCAAAUCAAACCAAAUACGCUUAGAGCAAAAUAUGGAAAAACAAAAGUACAAAAUGCUGUACAUUGUUCCGACUUGCCGGAAGAUGGUGUAUUAGAGGUUGAAUAUUUCUUUAAGAUACUUGAGGGAUAAAAGCAAUUUGAGUGAUUAAAUAUUCGAAUAUGCUACAUUUUUUGCAUCAUAUAAAUUAUUAAUAAAAAAUAUUCAUUUUAAAAUUUAACAAUUAUU